CGGACGGCCGUUCGCAGUCGGCCUUUAAUUACAAUAUUUCCGACACAAUUCACACAAAUCGAUACCACUCGAUCAAAUAGCACCUUAAAUGUUAAAGAUGCGCUCAAUAUACAAAACCACUGCCUGAAUAUCAACGAUUUUUGUAUGUUUCGUGUUUUAUGAAGAAUUUUGUUAACGUGUUAAUAGAAUUAAAGGAUUCCCCGGCGAUGUCCGCCUCAUGAAUGUAUCGCUGUACGUCUCAACACGUCAGAAUGACAGGAACAAAAGCUAUACUAUUCGUGCUCUUGAUUGGACAUUUGUCCGCCCUACCGGACACAAUUCGUAUCGGAGGUCUAUUCCACCCUGAGGAUGAUAAACAAGAGGUUGCAUUUCGUUACGCUGUUGAAAGGGUAAACGCUGACCGCGCUGUCCUUCCCAGAGCCAAAUUACUAGCUCAGGUUGAAACAAUAUCUCCGCAAGACAGUUUCCACGCGUCCAAAAGAGUAUGCCACCUUCUUCGGAGUGGAGUGGCGGCUAUAUUUGGCCCCCAAUCUGCUCCAGCGGCUGCCCACAUCCAAUCCAUCUGUGAUACAAUGGAACUGCCCCAUCUGGAGACGAGAUGGGAUUAUCGAACGCGACGUGAAUCCUGUCUUGUCAACUUGUAUCCUCACCCAGCUGCUUUGAGUCGGGCGUACGUUGAUCUCGUACGAGCUUGGGGAUGGAAGUCAUUCACUAUAGUAUACGAGAACAGUGAUGGAUUGGUUCGUUUACAAGAACUAUUGAAAGCCCAUGGUCCAUCAGAAUUACCUGUUGCUGUCCGACAACUACCAGAUUCAUAUGACUACAGGCCGCUAUUGAAACAAAUAAAGAACUCGGCCGAGUCUCAUAUAGUACUUGACUGCGCUACUGAGAGGAUUAGGGAUGUGCUUCAACAAGCACAGCAGAUCGGAAUGAUGUCGGAUUAUCACAGCUACCUUAUAACGUCGUUGGACUUGCAUAGCGUAGAUUUAGAGGAAUUUAAAUAUGGCGGUACAAAUAUAACCGCGUUGCGCCUUCUCGAUCCCGAACGAGCCGAGGUACAAAGAGUCGUUCGAGAUUGGGUUUACGACGAAGCCAGAAAGGGAAGGAAGCUGCAACUAGGGCACACAUCGGCUAAGGAAAAUAUGACUUUUAUAAAGACUGAAACCGCUUUAAUAUACGAUGCGGUUCAUUUAUUUGCGAAAGCGUUACACGACCUUGACACUUCGCAACAAAUCGAUGUAAGACCCUUGUCAUGCGAAGCCGAAGACACAUGGCCCCACGGGUACAGCCUCAUUAACUACAUGAAAAUCGUCGAAAUGAGGGGCUUAACAGGAGUUAUAAAGUUUGACCACCAGGGGUUCAGAAGUGAUUUUACUCUCGAUAUCAUUGAACUAACUAGAGAUGGACUUCAGAAAGCCGGUGUUUGGAACUCUUCGGAGGGUGUCAAUUACACGAGAUCUUACGGAGAUAACCAAAAACAAAUAGUCGAGAUACUUCAAAACAAAACCCUUGUCGUCACAACGAUCUUGAGCGCUCCAUAUUGCAUGCGGAGAGAAGCGAGCGAAAAAUUGACAGGCAACGCUCAGUUCGAAGGCUACGCUGUUGAUCUCAUUCAUGAGAUAUCUAAAAUUCUGGGUUUCAAUUACACAUUCAAGCUUGCGCCCGACGGUCGAUACGGGUCUUACAACAGGGAGACUAAAGAGUGGGAUGGCAUGAUCAGGGAACUGCUCGAACAGAGAGCUGAUGUUGCUAUAGCUGAUCUCACAAUAACGUAUGACAGGGAACAAGUGGUAGACUUCACGAUGCCCUUCAUGAAUCUUGGCAUCUCAGUGCUCUACCGCAAACCUAUUAAGCAGCCUCCAAACUUAUUCUCAUUCCUGUCACCCCUCUCCCUUGAUGUAUGGAUAUAUAUGGCCACGGCGUACCUGGGCGUCUCUGUACUGCUAUUCAUUUUAGCCAGGUUCAGCCCGUACGAGUGGGACAGCCCCCGGAACUGUCUAGACGAGCCGCAGGUGUUGGAGAAUCAGUUCACACUGUUGAACUCGCUGUGGUUCACAAUCGGAUCCUUGAUGCAGCAAGGUUCGGAUAUCGCACCGAAAGCGGUGUCAACAAGGAUGGUGGCAGGAAUGUGGUGGUUUUUCACUUUGAUCAUGAUAUCUUCAUAUACUGCUAACUUGGCCGCAUUCCUGACAGUGGAACGUAUGGACUCACCCAUUGAAAGCGCCGAAGAUUUGGCCAAGCAAACAAAAAUUAAAUAUGGCGCCCUUAAAGGAGGAUCUACAGCAGCUUUCUUUAGGGAUUCAAAUUUUUCGACAUACCAACGGAUGUGGUCGUUCAUGGAGUCGGCUCGACCUUCGGUAUUCACAAGCAGCAAUAAAGAGGGGGAAGAGAGGGUAAUGAGGGGGAAAGGUGCUUAUGCAUAUCUCAUGGAGUCCACCACCAUAGAGUAUGUUGUGGAAAGAAACUGUGACCUCACUCAAGUAGGGGGCAUGUUGGAUUCCAAAGGAUAUGGCAUUGCUAUGCCACCCAAUUCACCUUACCGUACCGCUAUAAGCGGUGCUGUUUUGAAGUUACAAGAGGAGGGUAAACUUCACAUAUUAAAAACAAAAUGGUGGAAAGAGAAACGCGGCGGAGGAUCGUGUAGAGAUGAAACAUCAAAGUCCUCAUCCACCGCCAAUGAGUUGGGUUUGGCGAACGUGGGCGGCGUGUUUGUUGUUUUGAUGGGCGGCAUGGGCGUCGCCUGUGUAAUCGCUGUCUGCGAAUUUGUAUGGAAAUCAAGGAAAGUCGCUGUUGAUGAACGGGCGUCUCUUUGUUCGGAUAUGGCCUCUGAGCUGCGUUCCGCUUUGAAGUGUCCGAGUGGAGCCGGCGGGGGCUCUGGGGGGGCGAGAGAGGGAGCGGAUUCCCCCUACUUGCAUUACGGUUUUAGUACUAAGAGCCAGCUACACUAACGCCAACCGUCGUCCGAUGUGUAGAUAUAUACAAGCAAUUCACAGGUCCACUCCAAGCGUCUGUGAUGUGACUGUUUGUAAAUACCAUAUCCCGUAUAGUUUUAAGUAACGUUGUGGAAGUUUUCUGUAUCUGUCUUUGUAAAUAUAUCAUGAUUGAUGUUCACGUUUCUAAUGUUUUAUAUCUGUAGCGAUUUUUAUAAUUGUAAAUAUUUGCGAUUGUGUAGUACGUUCUCCAUCUCAUAUGGAUUACUUGUAUACAAUAAUUAAAUGAUUUGUUUUUCGAUUAAAAACUAUUCGUAUAUUAUCAUUACAAAUGUAGUUAAAAUAACUCCUAGUUGAUAAUUGAAUGAAGUUUAAAUGUAAUUAUAAGACGACGAUAAAUAUUUCUUAUAUAUAAAUACAACAUGAUAUCGUAAACCAAAGCAAUCGAUUGUAUCAGCUCAAAGUGUGCCAAACUCAAUAACAUUCAAAUAUUUUGUAAGUUUACAUUUAAACAUGGUUAUUAA